AUGUCAUCAACAGAUUGUCUUGAGGAUACAAAAGAUGCUACAGUUGGAUCAAAUAAAAGUUAUCUCGAAUCAGACGGAUCUGUUGAUAUCAGUUUGUCAUCAUCUGAUCCACUUCUCGGAUUGCGUAAAGGCCUUUUCGGAAAGAGUGCAUCAUAUCUUCAGGAUGAAUCGAACUUAGAGUGCUUAAAUACUGAUUCGAUCACAAACAGCAGCAGAUGUGAAGAAGAAAAAGAUGAAGAUUUGCAAACUAAACAGAGAGAUGCAGCUAAGUUUCAUUUAGAAGAUUCUCUAGAAAGAAAAAGUGAUUUGACUAGAAAAGUUGCAAAAGAUAAGACAGAUAUUGACGUAGUUGAAUCUGUUCAGCAUCAAAAGCAUGACGAUGCUAUACUGGAACUGAUUGAGGGAAAAAGUGUUGUUGGUGAUGGAUCAGUCGAACAAGAGCAAAUAAAACCGAGUUCUUCUGAUAAAUCAGACGCAUCUCAAAAACUAGAGAAAGAAGAUUAUCCAGGAUUGUUAGCAAAUGAAGCGAUUGAUCCUGAAAUCGAUACAAAAUUGAUGGAAAAUAAGGAAGAAAAUUCGGAUAAAAUUAAUAAAAAGUUAUUGGAUAAUCGAGAGCGCAAUAUAUCACCGAUUGGUAAAAAGGAGGAAUCUGAAGGUGAAAUUGGAACAUCGAAAAUGGAUGUUGAGUGUGUGGUCACAACUGUGAAAGAAGAAUCUAUGGAAACAAAUGAUGAAUAUGGUAAAAAAGGUGGUACCAGAGAUGAUAUAUUGCCAGAACUUGAUAAGGAUCAAGAAAUAAAUUAUGAUAUUAAUAUAAGUUUUAAUGAAUGUAAAAAUGAAAACGAACAUGAAACGAUCACCAAAAAUGUUAUAUUUGGAAAGAACGAUGGAAAGAAUGAAGAUGAAAAAUCAGAGGUAAAAAUACAGCGAUCACUACAGCCACCAGAAAAUAAGGAAUAUAAUCGCAAGAAAAUUGAAUUGGAAAAUGAGGUAAAAGAACAUACAUUAGAAGAUGAAGAAAUCAAAAAAAAUAUGGAAACAGAUGAAAAAGUUAAGGGUUCUAUUAUAAAAAUAGAAAAGAGCGAAGAUAUAGGAUCAUCUAAUGUUAAAACAAGAAGCGCAAGAAAAAAUCAAAGCAAGGCAUCCCUUGAAGAAAAUGAUGCUAUAAAAGCUCACGACAACCAAAUGGAAUUUCUGAUGGAAGACCUUGCAGCUGAACGUCGUAGAAGUCUUCGAACACCUCGAAUAACGUUGGUAUUUUCUUAUUUGGACACCAAAGCUCAUACAACUCCUAUAAUUCGUAAAGCUCCUACACCAAUAUUUCCCCAUGAAAAUUUUUUGCUGUUGAAUUUGAAUGUCUCCUAUUGUGCAGAAUCAAUAAAUCUGAAAACACCUCAAAAAUCCAUUAAGACAAAGAUUUCUAAAGAGAGUCUUACUACAUCUAGAAUAUUGAGAAGUGUGACGAGAGAUUCCAAGAUAACACCAACAUCAUCAGCUACAAAGAAUCGUAUUUCAAAAGAAAAAGAAACAGAAGGUAGAGGGACGAGAUCUUCGAAAAAGAUAACAUCCGUAGACAAAAGCAUCAUUACACCAGGCAAGUCACAGAACAAAAAAGAACUGAAAGGCUUGAAAGUAAAUCGAACUAACGAUUCGGAAAAGGAUCCUUUCUCGUUUGAGAGCAAUUUUAAUAAUCAUCCGGAACCGCUUCGGCACAUUCAGAUGGAACGGCGAUCAUUUGGAACAUGUAAAUUUACAAAGACACCUUCUGGUAGCGCAAAUAAAUAUGAGAAAACAGAACAAACGGCUAGUGAAAGAAGAUCAAAUCUCACAUCGUUGAUUCCUCAGUCUAAAGCUGUGUAUCGCAGAUCAUUGACAGAAUUAUUUACGAGUACUCCAUCGUUGCGGCAGGAAAUCACAGUGUCAAAAUCAAGAAAGAAGUCAGUUAAAUUAUCCACAUUGUUAGAUUAUAAUAGGUCGAUAGAUUCUGGCGAUGUUUUGUUUGUUGGCACAGGAGAUAUACAUGCAAUCGAUACAGAUGAAGAAAUAAAAUCAGUAGGUGGUGAAGAAGAAGGAGAUAUGGAAAUAAUACCGAGAAAAGCCAUAAAGCGGUCGCAUUCUCGGUCCCAUGUUGUUGAACAAUAUGAGGCACAAAAUAAAAAGCGUAAAUCGAUUUCUCAAACAACAUUUGCUUAUGGUAGUAAACCUAACAUUCCUGAGUUAACUGCUGAAGAACAAUUUUCUGUUGAUCAUCCAUUAAAUGAACAUGUUCCUUUUCGGAUAGGAGCUCGCGUUUAUGCAUUAUGGGAUAGAAUGUAUUAUCCAGCUCGUGUUUCUGCAGAACGUGAUUCAAGUGGAAGAUAUGAAGUUUUGUUUGUAGAAGAUAAUGAAGUGCGUAGACUUGUGUCGACGGGUAUCAUCUCACUAUGCAAUCUUGUCAGUGGUAAAAAGUGUUUGACCACGGUCUGCAAAGAUGGUGAUGAAAUACUUGAGGAAGUUGAAAUAGUUGAAAGUCCUCCGAGUAAUGAUAUUGAGCUCUGGACCAAAGCUAUGUUCGUUGUAAAAAGUGACGAAAAUAAUAAAAGGCAAAGCGUUCCUUGGCAGAAACUUAUUUUGGAUGCAGCGCAAGCAAAAGGAGUGCAAAAAUUGUUUGUUAAUACCACCAGAGAAGUUAUUGCAGAUAAUAUUGAUUCAACGGAAGGUCGACGAAGUCGCUCGACUCGCCAUUCUUCUAAUUGGCAUGAGGCUUCUCCCUUUGUUAAUGCAAAAAAAUCAGCAAGUGAAGCUAAAAGGCCAAUGAAAAAAGAAAUACGUAAAAAUGAAUUCGUGGAGAUUACCAGGGAACCGUCACCAAAGCAACGUUCAACUCGCCAGUAUAUGGAAAUUCAACAGUCAUGUCAGUCUGAUCAACAUCAUACCGAAGCCAGAGACCAUAUAUUUGAUGGUAUCUUUUUUGUGGUUACCUCAGCAAUGCGAAAGAAUAAAGAUGAUGACCAAGGUUUUAGUAAAAGAGAAGUACGGCAGUUAAUUGAAGCUCGUGGAGGAGUUGUGGUGGACGAUUUUUCCAAAAUUUCUCCCAAUAAAAAAAUGUUACUUAUUGCGGACACUUAUUACCGCACUCACAAGUACUUGUCGGCACUUGCUCGAGCAGUUCCAUGUAUAAGUCAUCUAUGGGUGUCUGAAUGUGUUGAAAAAAAUAAACUCGUGGAUUAUUCACCAUAUAUGCUACCUGCUGGUUUGUCAUUGUUGACCAGUGAAACUACUCCUUGGCAUUCUCGAAAUAUGACCUUGUUGAAAGGGAAAAAAGUAUAUAUUUUUUCGGAGAGUUCGUUUGGCGAUCCGGCUAUGCCAAAUUUCACAAAAAUUUGGUCACCUCUUAUAGCACAGAUGGGUGCUACUAUUGUUCCUGAUAUUUUUGCUGAACCGAUUGAUAUCCUGUUAACGGAUCCAACUUGCACGGAGAUGAUAUUGGAGGCAGCUUGUAGAUAUAAAGCCGAGAUUGUAUCUUCUGAGUGGAUCAUACAGUCGAUUAUUCAUGGUAGUUUACCGCCCGUCAGUUCACACGAGCGUUUCAGAUAUGAUUUUGUUGAAAAAACUGAUUCUUAA